CUGGUUUAAUUUUUGGCAAUGUUUUUAGCAGACUAUAAGCAGGAGCAGGACAUGGAAAUUGAAGCCUUGGAAGCAAUCCUUAUGGAUGAGUUUAAAGAAAUUCAUUCAAGUGAAAGUGGUCUGAACACUUCAAAUCGUUGCUUUGAGAUAACCAUCUGUCCUCAGGAUGAUGAGGCAGAUGAUUCAAAUAUCCCAUCAGUACGGCUGGCCUUGAUUUUCUCACACACAGAAAACUAUCCCGAUGAACCUCCACUUCUCAAUUGCAAAAGUUUGAAAGGAAUUCAGACAUCAGAUCUUAGAGCUCUCAAAGAGAAGCUUGAACAAGAGGCGGCAGAAAAUCUUGGUAUGGCAAUGGUUUACACUUUGGUCACGUCAGCUAAGGAAUGGCUUUCUGAAAGAUUUGCCCAAGAUGCUGGGGAUGAUGAUGAUGGGGAGGAUGAGGCAGCUAAAGAUGAGGUUAUUAUACCUCAUGGAGAACCUGUUACUGUUGACUCAUUUUUGGUAUGGCGGGAGAAAUUUGAAGCAGAAUUAGCUCUUGAAAGAGCCAAGCUAAUCCCGGAUUCUGCACUUGCUGCCCCGAAGGACAAGAGACUUACAGGCAGACAGUGGUUUGAAAGUGGAAGGGCAUCUGCGAAAGGUGGUGCAGCUGCUACUGAAGAAGAUGAAGAUAUUGACGAAGAUAUUGACUUUGAUGAUGAUGACUUCGAAGUGGAUGAAGAUGAUUUGAUCGAGCACUACUUGGCUGACAAAACAGAAUCUUAAAGGAUACAAAAUUAAGCUAAAGACGGUUCGAUUGGCAUGUAAGGCUUUGCUUCUUUAGCUCAUUAAAUGUGCAACUAAUCUACACAGAUGGUUUUUAGCCUUGGCGAGAGAUGGAACCUGGGCCUACCGCACAAUUAUACUUGUCUCGAUCAAAGCCUACACGACGUGACUUGGUAUGUGAAGAGAGUGGACUUUUCUGUUACUAGAAUUAUGUAUUGACAUCUUUUAAGAGGCCCUACUAGUUUUGAACCCUCAAAAGUAUGUCAUUUGUAUCAUUGUGGUGCUUAUUUCAAUAGUAUUUGUUUCGUUCCAAGUA